AUGCCAAGUUAUGUUAAAUCCUUGAAAGACAUCUUAACUAAGAAGAGGAAAUUGAAAGAUUUUGAAACAGUAGCACUUACUAAGGAAUGUAGUGCAAUAAUUCCAAACAAGCUUCCACCAAAACUUAGAGAUCUAGGGAGUUUUUCUAUCCCUUGUACUAUUGGUAGAUUUAAAUUUACUAAAGCUUUGUGUGAUUUGGGUGCAGGUGUUUCAAUCAUGCCUUUGUCAAUUGCCGAGAAACUUAGACUGAACGAGAUACAACCUACCAUAGUGUCUUUGCAAUUAGCAAAUAGAACAAUCAGGUACUUUGUUAGGACUAUUGAGGAUGUAUUGGUUAAAGUUGGGCAUCUUUACAGUCCAGUGGACUUCAUUGUGCUUGAGAUGGAAGAGGAUUUGGAAAUUCCUUUAAUAUUGGGACGACCAUUCUUAGCUAAAGUAGGCGCAAUCAUUGAUGUGAGGGAAGGCAAGAUAACUUUUAAAGUUGGAGAAGAGGUAGUUGAGUUUAAUAUUUUCAAUGUAAAUAAACAUCCUAGCUCUACAAAUUGUUGCUAUAGAGUAGAGUUAAUUGAUGAAGGCAAAGGUGAACCUAUUUCUCCACUUAGAAGUGAGCAAGCACCAAUCUUUGAGUUUAAGCCACCACAUCUGCCCGUGAAAGCCAAGCAGUCACCAAAGGAGCAUCCUCCACCACCAUCUAAUUGUCCUUUCGAGAUUGGACAACAAGUAAUAAUGCUUUCUUGA